AUGAAGUGGGCAUCUUCCCUCUCAGGCUUGUUGAGCCUCGUGACCUUAGUCUCUGCCCAAGCGGACUCGGGGACGUUUGACGAUGCCGAGACAGGCAUCACGUUCCAGUCCUUCACGAACGAAGUAGAUGUCACAUAUCGACUAGCCCUCCCCGCCGAUGCCAGUGCCGAUAAACCGUACGAUGUCAUCCUUCAGGUCGUAGCCCCCAUCGAAAUGGGAUGGGUUGGCUGGGCCUGGGGCGGCACUAUGACCUAUAAUCCUCUAACAGUGGUCUGGGUCAACGGAGAGGAAGUGGUCCACUCGUCGCGACAGGCGCUUGGCUACUAUACUCCGAUAGAAUACGAGGACGCCAAGUACACGGUGCUCAAAGGCACGGGAGUCAACGCCACUCACUUCAAGUUCACGGCUCUUUGUGCGGGCUGUGCGAGCUGGCCUGACUUCGACGGCAACCCGAUGACGCUGGACGGGGCUGGACUAGCCGCUUUCGCCUACGCAUUUUCAAAGACGCCCGUCGAAGAGCCUGCGAGCAGUGGAACGCAGUUUAGCAUCCACGAUUCGGUCGGGCACUGGUACCACGACCUGGGGGCGGCGCGAUCGGACAAGUUCGGGUCAUGGGCCAAGCUUGCUUUUGAUCCUCGGCCUCGCCAUGUCAUGGCGCCUUCACGCAAAUCCAAGCCUGCCCGACCAGCACCGCCAUCGAGAACGCUUGUCCUGGAUAACGGCGCCUAUACCAUCAAAGCAGGCUUUGUGUCGGCCGACGGCGCCGUCGACAACCCUCGUGCCAUCCCCAACUCAAUUGUCCGCGACCGCCAUGGCAAGAUUUAUGUCGCCUCCGAGCUUGCCCAGUGCGCCGACUUUAGCGAGGCCGUGUUCCGCCGACCCGUCGAGAAGGGCUUCAUCGUGAACUGGGAAGCCCAGAAGGAAAUCUGGGAGCGCGAGUUCUUCGACGACAAUUCCCUCCAGCCAUGCGAUCCCUCCGAGACCCGCCUGCUACUGUCCGAACCCUCCAACUCGCUGCCCGUGCUGCAGGCCAACUGCGAUCAAAUGGUCUUUGAAGAAUUCGGCUUCGCUAGUUACUAUCGCGCCUUGAGCGCUUCCUUGAACGCCUACCACAAUAUUCAAGCCAUCUUCCCGACUCAGCUUGUUCUGCUCAUCGAUAGCGGACAUUCCCACACCACCGUCACCCCCGUUUUCCAAGGCAAGCCCAUUCACCCUGCCGUCCGGAGACUCGACGUCGGCGGAAAACUGCUCACCAACUACCUGGCCCGCGUCCUAUCCCUCCGACACUAUGAUAUGCGCAACGAGGCUCAUAUCGUCAACGAGAUGAAGGAGGCCGCUUGCUAUGUGUCCCUCGACUUCAAAGGGGAUUUGGAGCGUUCGUGGAAAGGCACCCGCGGAGAGCGCCGUGAACCUUACCUCAGCGGUGGCGGGAUAGCCAAGGACUACGUUCUCCCUGACUUCCAUACGAGAUCGCAAGGCGUGGUACGCGACUAUGACCCAGCCCAGGCGUCGCGCGCGAAACGGGUCGCCGUGGGCGAGUCCAGUGAGGACGUCCUCACGCUCCGCAACGAGCGAUUCACCAUUCCCGAGAUCCUGUUCAACCCCUCCGACAUCGGCAUGCGCCAACCGGGCAUACCGGAGUUGGUCCUCGAGUCCUUGAGAUGUUUGCCCGUUGGGCUAUGGCCUGGUCUUCUUGCCAACAUACUGGUCGUGGGCGGCAAUUCGCUCCUCGAGGGUUUCACCAAGAGAUUGCAUGAGGAGAUCACGAAACUCGUGCCUGAUAGCUGUAUUGUCCGUGUCAUGCGCCCGCCUAACCCUGUUACGAACACGUGGCUGGGCGGCGCCAACUUGGUCAGAUAUGGCCACCUGGACUCGCUUGCUGUCACUAAGCUCGAGUACGAAGAGCACGGGAGCGCCUGGUUGACCCGCAAAUUCUCGGCAGGUCUCGGCCCUUGA